AGCCAGGUAUAUCCUUCGUUAAAUUCUAAGCAAACUCCUACUCUUAUACGUCUCAUCCUUCUAUAUAAUCUGCUAACAUAAUAUAGCCAUCCUUAUCCUCCUCCUUCCACAUCAAAAAAAAAUAAAAAUAAAAAAUGGCAUCACAAAGCUCUGUUUCUCCAGCUGAAAACCCAUAUCUCUAUUCCCUCUUGGAAUCAUGUCGUCCUUUUCUCCGCGGAGAAUUUGAAUCAAUCGACAAAGAUCUUCCCACACUUAUCUCCGUCUUGCGCUCUGUUGGGGCAGGCGAAUGCUGGCAUAAACACGGAAGUUUUCUCGAUCACUUAAUCGAUAUCUACAAGAUUCUCAAAAUCUGGAAAGCACCGAGUUCCGUGUGCCUUUGUGGUCUUUUCCAUUCAGCUUACUCCAAUUCUUAUGUCAAUCUUUCUAUCUUUGAUCCUUCUACUGGUCGUCAAACAGUACGUGGUCAUGUAGGCGAAGAUGCUGAGAGGUUGAUACAUCUUUUCUGUAUCGUACCUCGUCAGCAGUUGAUUCAUGAUGAUUUGUUGUUUAAGUAUACUGAUUCUGACCUCGUUGAACAUCUCGAGUUUUCAAAGGCUUCAUUGGAGAAUGCUAAGGAGAAGGGUGUGUUUAAUGGAGACGAAGAGUGGAGGAGGAAGUUGAGGUUGAUCUUGCCUGAAGAUGGUUUGAAAGUGAAGCAUAUUAAGACAGGAGAAGAUGUGUUGAUUUCGCGGAGAUUGGUGGCUGUGUUUCUCCUUAUGACGAUUGCGGAUUUUAGUGAUCAGUUGUUUAGCUUUCAGGAUUUGUUGUUUGACAAUUCGAAUGGGAGACUGGAAUGGACUGGGAACAAUUCAGGAAUAACUCUAUGGCCCGGGGAUGGAAAGCCCGGGCUAUGGAUGAAUUCUGCAUCAAGAAUGGGAGCUAUUUACAGUUUGAUAGUUCGAGAAGAAGAGAUUUUGAUUGAACAAAGGAAGAAAAAUGGACAAAAUGGCGGCAUUGUAGAAGGAAGAGACGAAGAAAUUGAGCUUGUGAUUCCACCUGUUUUCGACUACUGCACGAGUGUUUUGGAUGCGGAGGAGCAAAAAGAGGCAAGAGAAUUGUACUGGGAAGGUGUGUGUCAAGGGUUUAAGAGAGGUUUAGAUUUUGCGGAGGAGAAGUUGUUGAUGAGUAUUGAGAAGAAUCGUUUUGUUGGUGAGCCACAUGUUGUAUUGGGGCAAAUUUAUUUGAGUAAAGGGAAGUUUGAAGAGGCAGAAAAAGAGGCUGAAAAGGGGCUAAGAUUGAUAUUGGAAUGGGGAAGUCCAUGGGAUAAGAGAAUGUCUUGGGAAGGUUGGGUUGCUUGGACUAGAGUUUUGUUGAUGAAGGCAAAAGAGAAGUCUUGGCCAACACAUUCUUGGGGUAUUCUUAACUUGGGUCUAGUAAGGUAAAAUUAUAGUAUGUCCUAAGAUAGAGUUCUUAGUUGGUUGUCUAGUAUCCUUAAUUUAUGUUGUUCAGACUCUAUAAAUAUGUUGUCUUAUUUAAUAUAGAUCGGGGUCAUCUAUAUACCCUUGUGUCAAAUUCUGUUAAGAAUGCACUACUUUUGAAGAA